UAGAUUGGUGAGGGAAAAAAACUAUUGAAUCCAUCUUAUAAUAAGGCUGUAACGUAACAAAACGUGGAAAAGUCAAGGGGUCUGAAUGCUCUGUGUGUGAAUUUAGGAACUCUACUAUAGGUUUAGUGCAUUUACGUCGCGUAGCCUCGUCUGAUUUGAAAUUAAUUGAAUGGUUUGUUGUCAAUGCUUAGCUACCUGAUCCAAUAUCGUUUUAGAAUAAAGAAAGUGCCAGAACUUUCAAGACUAACUUUUGUGUCCGUGUCUCUUUAUUACUACUGGCCGACUCAGAUUAAGUCUGAGGCCGGUAACAUCAACAGUGAGGACAAACCCAGCCUGCCUCUCUCCUUCCACACUGAGUAGAAACCUACAGUCACUGGGUCCUGAUUGUGACAGUGGAGCCCAGUUUGCACUGCAGGAUCCAGAGAUGGCAUCAGUGAAGCUGGAAGGCUGCAGUCAAACACUGGAGCUGAAUGUCAACAUUAAAGAUGAAGAAGAGGAGGAGCAGAUUGGGAAAUCUGUUUCUCAUGGAGACCAUGUUGAGACAGUCUCUACCUCCAGAGAGCAACAGCAGGAAGAUCACAGAGCUAAGAGGUCUCACCACUGCCCACGUUGUAAGAAGAGUUUCUCAAUUCUAUCAAAGUUAAAAAUACACCUAAAAAUACACACAGGAGAGAAUCUGUAUUCCUGUACUGACUGUGGGAAGAAUUUCACAACAUUAAAAUUUCUGACAGUUCAUGAACGGAUACACACAGGAGAGAAGACCUACUCCUGCUCUAAUUGUGUAAAAUGCUUCACAUCGUCAACUAAGCUAAAAAUUCAUCAGAGAACACACACAGGAGAGAAGCCUUACUUAUGCUCUGACUGUGGGGCUAGUUUCUCUCGACUGGGACACCUAAAAACACAUAAACGUAUACAUACAGGAGAGAAGCCUCACUCCUGCUCGGACUGUGGAAAGAGUUUCUCUCGACUGGGCAACUUAAAAACACAUGAACGUAUACAUACAGGAGAGAAGCCUUACUUCUGCUCUGACUGUUUAAAAUGCUUCGCAACAUCAACUGAGCUAAAAGUUCAUCAGAGAACACACACAGGAGAGAAGCCUUACUCCUGCUCUGAUUGUGUAAAAUGCUUCUCAACAUGCUCUGGGCUUGAAGGUCACCGGAGAACACACACAGGAGAGAAGCCUUACUCCUGCUCUAAUUGUGUAAAAUGCUUCACAACAUACUCUGGGCUAAUAGGUCAUCAGAGAACACACACAGGAGAGAAGCCUUACUCCUGCUCUGACUGUGUAUGCAUACGUUCAUGACUGGGAAAGGUUUCUCUACUGGGCCACCUAAAAACAUAAACGUAUGCAUACAGGAGAGAAGCCUUACACCUGCUCUGACUUUUAAAAAGUUUAUCUCGAAUGGGCCAGUUAAAAAUACAUCAAAUAUACAUCAAAUCAGAAGAGCCUCAUCAGUUCUCAAAGACCAGCUGAGAUUAAAGUCACUCCAUCACUUAAGUCUCGUAAAAGAAGUGAUAACAGUGAGCUGGUUCAAAUGAAGAAAGCGUAGAACAUUUGCAAUCCUAUUGUUUCUCAGUGUGAGAGAACUGUGCAGAGGAAAGGGAGCGUUCUUGAAUGUUAGCCUGUCUUUACUUUACUGAUCAGUGUGCACCUUGCCAGUUUGUGUGUUUUGUUAGCUUCUACUGUAAAGAUAUUGAGAUGACCUUGGAUUUGCCCUUAGGGUUGAAUAUCCUCUGUGAGGCGUCUCACAAUGGAGUGGUUGACUGGGUGGUACUGCUUCCCUGAGCUGGUAGACACAACCUACACUGAGUGUAUAAAACAUUAAGGACACCUGCUCUUUCCAUCACAUAGACUGACCAGCUGAACCCAGAUGAAAACUAUGAUCCUUAAUGAUCUAGUUGUUUUGUAUUUAUUAUGGAUCCCCAUUAGCUUUCAGCAAAAAACAAGAAACUGCGGUUGCAAUGGGCUAAGGAAUGAAAACACUGGAAAAUUUGAAAAAUAUUGCCUGGUCUGAUGAACCCUGGUUCCUGCUGUGUCAUGCUGAUGGGAGGACUAGGGUAUGGAGGAAACCAUGAGUACAUGUAUCCCUGCUGUGUGUCAACAUUGCAGGCUGGUGGUGAUGGUGUGGAGUGUGUUUUCAUGACACAUAUUGGACCCCUUGAAAGAAGUGGAGUAACAUUUGAAUGCCAUAGGAUAUCUAAACAUCAUUGCCAAUCAGGUGCAUCCCUUCAUGGCAGCAGUGUAUCCAUCUGCAAAUAGAUUUCUUCAGCAGGACUAUGCCACAAGGCUUGUCCAGGAUUGGUUCCAAGAACAUGACAGUGAAUUCAGUUUACUGCAGUGGCUUGACGAGUCACCAGAUCUCAAUCCAAUUGUUCAUCUGUGGGAGGAGAUGGAAGGAGCUAUUCAGAGUAGAGAUCCACUCCCAGCCACAUUGACACAAUUGUGGGAAGCAUUGGAGUCAACAUGGGCCAGAAUCCCUGUGGAUGCUCUCAACACCUUGGGAGUCCAUGCCCCAACGACUUGGGAAUGUUCUGAGGACAAAGGGGGCUGCAACUCAAUAUUAGGAAGGUGUUUCAACUGUUUUGUACGCUCCGUGUAUAUCAGAUAAAGAUGAUGUGAUGAUCAGCUUUCAGCAUUAGUUUGGGUGGAUUAUUUUAUAUUACUAAACAACUUUUGUUUAAUGAUAAACAGACUAUGAAUCGACUACUUGUGUUUAUUAAAUGUUAUUUUAAUAUUAGAUUCAUUAUUGUAGUCAUUGAUGAUGAAUGUAUUUGAAUAACUGUAUUGAAGUCGAUUGAUCUGGUGGCAGGUAGCCUAGCGGUUAAGAGUGUUGGGCCAGUAACUGAAAGGUCGCUGGUUUGAAUCCUGAGCCGACUAGGUGAAAAAUCUGUCAUUGUGUCCUUGAGCAAGCCAAUUAACUCUUAUUUGUCCUGUAAGUCUCUCUGGAUAAAAACAUCUGCUAAAUGACAAGAAUGCAAUGAAAAAUAAUGUUUGUACAUGAAUUCAUGCUGGGCAGCCACUUUUUUCUGAUGUGUAUAAUUAAAUUAAAUAAACUUUUUAGUUAACUAUUGUA